UCCAGAGAGAUAUAGGCAUACGGGAAAAUAAGCAGAAUGUAAAAUACUUGGAGUUUGAAAACUAAUCUGUCCAGCGUCGCUUUCUAGCUUAUUUGCAGACGAAGAACCACCACUAUCAGCCAGUUUAACUCCAGAAUCUCUGACGAGUCUCCUCCGAGAUUCACUAAUGAACUGCCAAGACAUCCAUCGACAAAAAUGCGGUUGGGCCGGAUGGAAACCAUGGAUUGCCCGCCCGAAUGCUCACCCCUAAGACCGGGACCGACACACAUACUGACUUGGGCCUCGAUGGACUAAGGUUCAUCUUCUUCAUCUAAACAUUUAUUGGAGGGAGAGACGGAGAGAGUAACCAAAAGAGAGCGGAAGAAACACGGCACAGUUAAACCCUAAGUUCCUGACCGCUGUUCCCCUCAAUUUUAUUAGCUAUGAUCAAGAAGAAAUCUAAAAUCACAGUUCCAUUGAUGGCAUCAAUGAUGAAGAAAUGGAUUUUUACAUACAGCAGGAGAAGAAGAAAGAUAAGAAGAAGAGCAAGAAAAGGAAGUAAAAGAAUGAAAGCGGGAAGAACAGGAGUAAUUGUAGAACGGAGACAUCUUCCAGAGGAGAUCAUCAUGGACAUCCUCACAAGGUUACUAGUUAAAUCCAUCUUAAGAUUCAGAUCUGUUUGCAAGAGCUGGUAUAAUCUGUUCAGAAACCCUGAUUUUAUUAAAAUGCAUUUAUACCAUUCUAAUCGAAUGAACUACUUCCGUCUCAUCCUUACCAAAUACGAUGAUGAUGGUUUUGCUACAUUCCCUUCGGUUGAUUACAACCAUUCAUUGUCUUUAUUUGAUCAGCGUGUGAAGUUUUGUUGUCCAUUCAAGUACCACCAGUGCUUUGUCGAAAUCCUUGGCUCUUGUAACGGUUUGAUCUGCCUUAAAUCCAAACCUAAAGUGGUUUGCAUUUGGAACCCAUGUACGAAUGAGUACGUGAAAUUACCACGAGUUUCAGGUAUUCCUAGUAUUAGAAGCUAUGGGUUUGGUUACGAUUGCAAGACCUGUGAUUACAAGGUAGUGAGAAUUGUUACUGGUGAUUGGGAUUCUUUUUCGCGCGUCAUAGUUCAUACUUUAGGAACAGACUCAUGGAGAAUCCUCCAGGAUAUUCCUUAUAGUAUUUGUAUCAGCAGAGUAAAUGGGGUGCAUUUAAAUGGGGUUCUUCAUUGGAUGCUAGGUACUAGAAGCAGAGUCAAUGAAGCGGCCAAUAGAGUUAUUGUUUCUUUUGAUAUAGGGGACGAGAAUUUCAAAGAAAUGCAACUACCUUUCCCUCUGUGUGAAAAACGUGGACGUGUGGAUAUAUCUGAUUUUGCUCUUUGUUUGUUGGGUGGUAACCUUUGCUUACUUGGGAAUCCGCUUAAUAGUGCGAGUGUGGAUGUAUGGAUUUUGAAGGAAUAUGGAGUGAUGGAUUCUUGGACUAAAGUUUUUAGCAUUAGCACAUUGAACACAGGUAUCAAUUUGAGGCCAAUACAGUCUUUUCAGAAUGGUGAGAUCUUAUUAUGUAAAGUCUGGGGUAUUUUUUCAAACAAGCAUAAUGAGGAUUUAGUGUUGUAUAACCCAAUAAGCAGAAGAACGAAAUUCAUGGAUACACGUGCUUAUCAAAAAUUGGACAACGUGCACACUUAUGUUGGUAGUCUAGUUUCUGUUAAAUCAGUUUGUAAUGUAGUCCAGGAAGAAACAUUGGACGCAAUAGUAUGAUGAAUAGAUAAAGACGCCUCAAGAAGAAGAUGGUUUAUGUAAUUGUGUUUUGUAUAAACAUGAUGUUCCUGCGUUCAUGUGGGGCAAAAAAUCCACACACACUGUACAAAAGAUGGUAGGGAUUGGAUUUCAGAAUGGUGUUCGAGUUUUACCCAAAAUCAACAUGUCUGGACAUACUGGAUCAUGGGUGGAAGCAUAUCCCGAGAUUGUCACAUGCGCAAAUAUGUUUUGGCAACCAGCAGGAACUGCCUGGGAAGAAUGUCUUGCGUCUGAACCAGCACUCAUGGUAUCUUAAAAGACAUGGCACUUCUCUUCCCUUAAGGUUUCUUCCUUGCCGGGGCUUACAAAGUAAUCUCUGGUUGAAGAAUGCUGAUCCAACAUUCCAGAAAUUUCUGUUAAAUGGUGGAACCUUUUAGUCAACUCCUCGGGAUCUUCAUCGACUCAACUCUCCCUUUCAUCACAUGGUGGAACCUUUUAGUCAAGACUCACUUGGAAGUUUCAUAACACAUCAACGAACUAUCUUCACUUUCCACCCUAACUAUCACAAUUACGAAUUGUUAGCUAAUUAUUUUGAAAUUAUGAAUUGUUAGCUAAUUAUUUUGAUAGGCAUGAAAGUUUUAGUUUUCAAAUGUUUUAUAAAAGAUGAUUUAGUAACCUUGUCGGGAUUUAAUACGGUAAAGUCAUAGUCUGGCGCUCCAGUGUUUAGUAUUAGUCUGGUGUGUGUGCCGAGAAGAUUCAUGAAAUACGGAACGCGGGUGCAUUGUAUCCAUAUAAUU